AUGGCAAUCUCCUGUAUUCCAACUUGCCAAUUCACUCUCACAAAACCAAGCUCCACCUUUUCCAAGAACGAGUUCGUAAUAAAUCAACUCCACCCUCUUUCUCUUUUGUCCAAAUGUACAUCUCUCAAGGAGCUCAAGCAAAUUCAAGCAUAUACCAUUAAAACCAAUCUUCAGAGUGACAUCUCUGUUCUCACCAAGCUCAUUAAUUUCUGCACCCUCAACCCCACAACUUCGUAUAUGGACCAUGCCCACCAUCUGUUUGAUCAAAUUCUCGACAAGGAUAUUAUUCUGUUUAACAUAAUGGCACGGGGUUAUGCUCGCUCUAAUUCUCCCUAUCUUGCCUUUUCUCUUUUUGCUCAACUCUUGUGCUCUGGUCUUCUUCCUGAUGACUACACAUUCUCGUCCCUUCUCAAGGCGUGUGCGAGUUCUAAGGCCUUGAGACAAGGUAUGGGGUUGCAUUGUUUUGCUGUUAAACUUGGACUGAAUCAUAAUAUUUACAUAUGCCCAACUCUCAUAAAUAUGUAUGCGGAGUGCAAUGACAUGAAUGCUGCGCGUGGAGUGUUUGAUGAAAUGGAACAGCCAUGUAUUGUUAGCUAUAAUGCAAUUAUCACAGGUUAUGCUCGAAGUAGUCAACCCAAUGAGGCUUUGUCGUUGUUUAGAGAAUUGCAAGCGAGCGAUAUUGAGCCUACUGAUGUAACUAUGCUUAGUGUAAUUAUGUCAUGUGCUCUAUUGGGAGCACUAGACCUGGGAAAGUGGAUUCAUGAAUAUGUUAAGAAGAAAGGGUUUGAUAAAUAUGUGAAGGUGAACACUGCACUUAUAGAUAUGUUUGCGAAAUGUGGAAGUCUAACUGAUGCUAUUUCUAUCUUUGAGGGCAUGCGUGUGAGAGAUACACAAGCUUGGUCUGCAAUGAUAGUUGCCUUUGCAACUCAUGGGGAUGGCUUGAAAUCUAUCUCAAUCUUUGAAGAGAUGAAGAGGGCAGGAGUUAGACCUGAUGAGAUCACUUUUUUGGGGCUUUUGUAUGCUUGUAGUCAUGCUGGACUAGUAGAACAAGGUAGAGGGUAUUUCUAUAGUAUGUCCAGAACCUAUGGGAUAACUCCAGGGAUCAAGCAUUACGGUUGUAUGGUGGAUUUGCUUGGUCGAACAGGUUGUUUAGAUGAGGCUUAUAACUUUGUAGAUGAACUGGAAAUUAAGCCCACGCCUAUACUUUGGCGCACCCUUUUAUCUGCUUGCAGCACCCAUGGUAAUGUCGAAAUGGCAAAGCGAGUUAUUGAAAGAAUUUUUGAAUUAGAUGACUCCCAUGGAGGGGACUAUGUUAUAUUAUCAAACUUAUAUGCUAGAGUGGGAAGAUGGGAAGAUGUGAAUCAUUUAAGGAAAUUGAUGAAAGAUAGAGGGGUGGUGAAGGUUCCUGGUUGUAGUUCCGUGGAAGUAAACAAUGUUGUACAUGAAUUCUUCUCUGGAGAUGGAGUACACUGCGUUUCGGUGGAGUUGCGCCGAGCACUUGACGAGUUAAUGAAAGAAAUAAAGUUGGUGGGAUAUAUUCCGGAUACUUCUUUAGUAUAUCACGCUGAUAUGGAUGAGGAAGGGAAAGAACUUGUCCUAAGAUAUCACAGUGAAAAAUUGGCCAUGGCUUUUGGGCUCCUAAACACACCUCCCGGUACAACAAUAAGGGUAGCUAAGAACCUCCGUAUUUGUGGAGAUUGUCAUAAUGCUGCAAAACUUAUAUCCUUUAUUUUUGGGAGGAAAAUCGUCAUUAGGGACGUUCAACGAUUCCAUCAAUUUGAAGAUGGGAAAUGCUCCUGUGGUGAUUUCUGGUAAUAGAAUACGUAGAAAUCACAGGCUAUUCUGCAGUUUGAUAUUUCUUCCCUGCAAUGGCCAUGAUUUGAGAUUCAUUUGGUAUAUCUUCAUUCGGAACCUCUAUGUUUGUAUAGCGACCAAGGAAUUCAGAGCAAGAUUGAUCUGAAGGAUGUACAUAUUUCUACCAUCAUUACACCGUAUGUUAACAUGAGUUUAGUUAGUAGUAUAUACUCGUUUCUUUGAAGUUGGAUGAUAAAACCUCCAUACCCCACAUUAAUUCUUGGAUUGGAUGAACAUAUUUCUACGUC